GAUUGCGUUUGAUUUUUAUUUUUAUUUCUUCUUUGGGAGGCUCUGUUAAAAUGUACUCACGUAAGAAAUCAAAGGUGCUGCAAACGUUGGAGGAGUGUGUGCCACCCGUGGACGAGGACGAUGCUAUCGAUACGAUGGCCCAAAUGAUGGUCCAACAUCCCAAAAGCAAUCCUAUUGAGGCGGGAAUGCGUCUGGGUAAAAUUGACAAGCAGCAUAGCCUAAUGCAUCUGGAGAGUCAAGUGAAGUUGCAUGCGGCCAUGGAGCACUUUGAUGCCACUCCCGAACAACUGGACACGGCGAUGCCAGUGAGUGAUAAGGAGCUAAAUGAAUUGGUCGAGGUGGCUGCAUCCCUAAAUGAUGAUGAUGAAGAUGAGGAUGACUUCGAGGAGGACGAUGACGACGACGACGACGAGGAUGAGGAUGAUGUUGGAGAGCUCGAUGAGGGUGGUGAUGCUGAUGAUGAUGUUAAUGAAAGUCUCGAGCUAUAUAAUCUACAUGAUCGUCCGACAUGAUGGGUGUCUGCCCAAAUCUGUUGUUUAGUCGCUUCUGUUACAAAAUUUAAGAUUAAUUAAAAAGAAAAUUGGUUUA